AUGGGGCGGGAGGAGCUGGAUGAGAUUGAUUCUGGGUUUUAUACUGAGGCGUUGACUUUGAAUGGGUGGGAGAUGGGAGCUGGUAAGAAUGCGAGGUUUACGAUUGGGGGAAUGAACUUUAGUCAAGAUGAAGUCGGGGGCCCGCCGCGGGUUUCUGUCGCCAAAGAGAAUGGACAGGUGAUUGCAAACCGGUUACAUAGGGGACCAAGCUAUGAUGAGGAGGAGGAAGAUUAUUCGCAAGGAUCAGAGGAGGGCCUGAGCUCGGAUGAAGAGGAGGAUGAAGUGGAGGAUGAACCUAAUGAUUGA